ACAAGCAUAACAGACGGAGGAGUUCCCAAAAUCAUCCUCCAUGUCUCCUCAGUGCGCAGCUCCCUGUGAUUCUUUUCUCCUGCUGCUGCAGCUCGCGGCUGUUCAAACAUUCGCGAUCUCUCUCUCCUCAGAGCGUCUCUCACCAAGAAUGUCAGCCGUCUAUGUCUAGGUUUUGUUUAAAGUCUGAAUCUAUUCUCUUUAAGUCUGAGCUCGGUUAUCAAGGAGACCAAAUAGGUAUUUCUCAGUUUGAAUAUCCUUUCAGUAAAGUCAACAUCUGAGUCUUGUCUCUGCGCUCGCCUUCAAUCAAUCUCGCGCACCGCGGGCACGGGACUAUCAACCGUCCGCAAUCCUCUCAGUGGGAAUGGAUACGGUGUCUUUGCUCUCUUUUAUUCGUGAAUGGACCCCAAAAUAGACAAGUUUGGUCGAUUUAUGCGUCUGUUUGUUUUCACCGUCUUUUCCAAUUCUGCGUUUUCUUGCUGGUACUAGACUGCAAACUUGUGUUUGGACAGGCAAAGAAGGGGAAAUGAUGGACAAAGACGGACUGGUUGUGCUGUUAGUUUUCUUAAAUGUCUUUUUCAUCCAUACGGAUGCGUUCAGAAGAGAUACCGCAGAGAGACAGUCGAGAUCCGAGGGUGGUUUCUGUCGGAUUUUGCGGACGCAGACGCGGACCGCUCGGAGAGACGGACAGAACGAGUUUCGCCUCAGAGUUGAAGGAGACCCAGAAACUUACCAACCCGAGAGCACUUACAGAGUGAGUUUGUAUGCCUCCAGCCCAUCUUACUUUCGUGGCUUUACCCUCAUUGCUCUGAAGGAAGGACGGGAGGGCGUCACUCCUGACGAUUAUGCCGGCACUUUCAAGAUCAUCGAUGAAACUGACACGCAGUUCAUGACUAACUGCCCCCCGGCCGUCACAGAGAGCAUUCCCAGAAGACGCACAAGGAUACAAGUGUUCUGGACAGCGCCACCUUCUGGCAGUGGCUGUGUCACUCUCAAGGCCAGUGUUGUGCAGCGAAGAAUCAUUUUCUUUCAAGAUGAGGGCUCACUUACCAAAAGACUGUGCGAGAAAGAUCCAGUUGCGGCUACUGAAAAACCCAUUCAAGAAUGCUGUGCUUGUGGAACAGCCAAGUAUAGAGUCACUUUCUAUGGAAACUGGUCUGAGAAGGUGCAUCCCAAAGACUACCCAAGACGUGCUAAUCAUUGGUCGGCUCUCAUUGGUGCUUCUCACUCAAGAAGCUACGUGUUAUGGGAGUACGGAGGUUUCGCCAGUGAAGGAGUCAAGCAGGUGGCUGAGUAUGGCUCGCCUGUCAAAAUGGAGGAGGAGAUUCGACAAAAGGGUGAUGAUGUUAUGACAGUUAUCAAAACCAAAGCCCAGUGGCCCGCCUGGCAGCCUCUUAAUGUGCGUGCCGCCCCCUCGGCAGAGUUCUCGGUGGAUCGAGCCCGUCAUCUAAUGUCAUUCCUUACCAUGUUGGGCCCCAGCCCUGACUGGAAUGUGGGAUUGUCUGGAGAGGACCUCUGCACCAGGGAUUGCGGCUGGGUCCAGAGACUGGUGAAGGAUUUAGUGCCAUGGGACGCCGGUACUGACAGCGGGGUUACUUAUGAGUCUCCCAAUAAACCCAGCAAUCCCCAGGAGCGGAUUCGACCCCUCACCAGUUUGGAUCACCCGCAGAGUCCCUUUUAUGACCCUUCCGGUGGCCCCAUGGCACCCCUCGCCCGGGUGGUGGUGGAGAGAAUCGCAAGAAAGGGAGAGCAGUGCAAUACCGUGCCCGACACCAUAGACGAUAUCGUCGCUGAUAUUGCUCAGGAGGAGAAGGAGGAAGGAGACAACACUCCAGAGACGUGCAUCUACUCAAACUGGUCUCCGUGGUCGGCCUGUAGCUCCUCCACCUGCGAUAAGGGUCGGAGGAUGAGGCAGAGGAUGCUAAAAGCGCAGCUGGACCCCAUCAUGCCCUGUCUGCACACCCAAGACUUUGAGCCCUGCAUGGGUCCGGGCUGCAGCGAGGAGGAGGCUUCCACAUGUAUGAUGUCAGAGUGGAUCAGCUGGUCUCCGUGCAGUGCCUCAUGUGGCAUGGGCAUGAGAUCCAGAGAGAGAUAUGUCAAGCAGUUCCCAGAGGACGGCUCCAGCUGUACACUGCCAACUGAGGAGACCGAGAAGUGUGCUGUCAACGAGGACUGUUCACCCAGUAGCUGUGUGGUGACCGAGUGGGGUGAGUGGGAGCCCUGCAGCGUGAGCUGUGGAGUGGGGAUGAGGAGGAGAGAGCGCAUGAUGAAGAUGGAAGCCUCGGACGGCUCGCCCUGUCGAGCGCAGCUGGCUGAGGCAGAGAAGUGCAUGAUGCCUGAGUGCAACGCAGUGGUGUGUAUGCUGUCUCCGUGGUCAGACUGGGGAGAAUGCAGUGUGUCCUGCGGUGUAGGCAUGCGUUCCCGUCAGCGCAUGCUGAAGACGCCCGUAGAGCCCAGCCUGUGCCCAGAUGAGCUCGAGCAGGUUGAAAAGUGCAUGCUUCCUGAAUGCCCCACAGACUGCAUGCUGUCGGAGUGGUCAGGGUGGUCCGAAUGCAAUAAGUCUUGCGGGAAGGGUCACAUGAUCCGCUCACGAAUGGUCAAGCUAGAGCCUCAGUUCGGGGGCCUGCCCUGCCCCGAGACGGUCCAGAGGAAGAAAUGCAAAAUCCGCAAAUGCACGAGAGGAUCCCGCGCCAGCGACAAGAGGAAGAGACAGGAAGCUUCAGACAGGAGGAGAGCAAAACAGAGCAGGGAGUCUGUGGCAGAGGAGAGCUCAGCCUGUCCGAUACGCCCGUGGUCCAGCUGGACGGAGUGUACCAAGUCGUGCGGCGGGGGGGUCCAAGAACGUGUAAUGAACGUAAAGAAGAAAGGCAAAUCCUCACAGCCCAACAACUGCAAAAACAAGAGGGAGAUUCGCGCGUGCAACGUGCACCCGUGCUAGAAGAGACUCUCUAUCACUGUAAUACACACACACACCCCCCAACACACACAGACUCGGCCUUUAAAGAGGCUGAAUAGGGCAGAAACAGAGUAGUUUUAACCCAGGGUUUCCAGAAGCGGGACCAGAGAGGGAUGUGUGUUCCAGUUACAGCUUGUAGGAUUUUAGAGUAACACACACGUGGACCAGGCCUGUUAUCCGUGAUUAGUUUUAGAUGCCUUCUUAGCGGGCGUAUAUACUGUAUCAAUGUAUAACCGACACUUCACUAAAACAUCAGUGUGCACUUCUUUUUUAACAAUAAUUUCAUUUUCCUUUCAUUCAUUAUGCACAACCAAAUUCUUUUGGGGUAAAGGUCAGAUGUCAAAACAGAUAUGUAGCAUUCCUGUAAAAAAAAACAAAAAAAAAACAUGGGCUGCAUCCGAAAUCGCAUACUUCCCUACUUUAUAGUAGGCGAAAACAGUAUGUGACAAAAGAAGUAUUCCAAAUUUUGGGAACUAAAAAUGGUUCUUCUGUGGCAUUGCUGCAAAAACACCUACACAAGAGUGUACUUGUUCAAAAUAAGUACCUACUCAAGAGAGCAUGUGAUUUCUGACACAGCCAUGGUUUUCUGCAUCCAAUUAAGCAUUUGGAUGAAAUCUCAUAUUAGUUUAUAAAGGAAAACAGGGAGUUUACAGCCAGCAUUACAGUUUCUUAUCCGAGGCCACCUCUAUUGAACGAUAUCAAGGUGGGUCACCCACAAUCAAUGCCCAAUUGAUUCAGACAGCAAGUGUUUGGCGAGGACGGAGGAUUUUUUUCCCUCGAUUAGUCGGAAAAUCUAGGUGAAUACAGGCUUAGGGAUGGCCUAUGGAUAGUUUAACAUUGUAUUCCUGAACUAAAAAGCACAGGUAAGCAUAACCAUUCAACUUUUUUUUGGUUUUAUUUUAUAAAUCGUUAUAUAUUAACUUGGAGUUGAAAAUAGAUUGUGACUUUUCAUUGCAUUAUUAGAUGUAUAAGAGGCUAAUGUGAAAUAUUAACUCAUCUGUAGGGACAGAAGGCAUUUAAAUUAGACAUUUUCUUACUUUUAUUGUGGAAUUUUGGUAUAUUUAGCUUCAAAAAGUCUUGCCAAAGUCAAGUGUGGAUUUUCAUUUCUCUCUCACUCUCUCUCUCCCCUCUUUUUUUCUUUUCACUCAUCCCUUCCUCUGCAAUAUUCUGCUAUUUUGGAAUAAAUCUUUACAAUAAAAGUUUAUGUGACUACA